AUGGUGCGCGACGGCAACCGCAACGGGAAGAAGAAGAGGUCCAACGUCGACGAGAAAGCGGAGUCGGCGGAAACCCUCCCAUCCGCCGCCGCCGCCGGCAAGGUACCCACGAAGGGCCGCCUCUCCACCUCCACCACGCGCGAUUCAAGGGGCGACAACGCCGACAACAACAAGGUCACCGACCGCUCCCGCACCGCCGCCAAGUCCGGCGUCACGGUGGACGAGAAGCCCUCCAAGCCCAAGCCCGCUUCCACGAGGCCCGCUACCUCGAACCCAUACCUAGCAGGCGUCGAUCUGCCUCCGUCGGAAUCGGACUCGGACGACGACGAUGACGAGGCCGCCGAGCGGAGGAGGUCGCGCGCCACGGUCGACCUCAAAGCCGCCGCGCUCUCGAAGAAGGACGCGCUGAGGAAGGAGAGGCGCGAGGCGGAGGCGGCGGCGCGCGCGGAGGCCGCCAAGAGGGAGGCGCUCCGGGACAACCUCGACGCGUUCGCCGUCACCAUCCGCGGCCGCGCCCCGGGAGGACCCGCCGCCACCGCCAGGGACAUCGUGCUCGAAGACUUCGACGUGUCCGUGGAGGGCGUGCCGCUGUUCGUGGGCGCCUCGCUGCGCGUCUCGCACGGCCGGCGCUACGGCCUCGUGGGGCCCAACGGCAAGGGCAAGUCCGCGCUGCUGAAGCUGCUCGCGGAGGGGCGGAAGCUCCCGGUGCCGCGCGGCAUCCGCUCGACGCUCGUGGCGCAGGAGGACAAGAACGACGACCCGCGUCCGGUGAUCGAGGUGGUGCUCGCGGCGGACGAAGAGCUCGCCAGGCUGCGCGCCGAGAGGGCCGAGCUCGAGGGCUCUGGCGACGCCGCCCGCCUCGCCGAGGUGUACGAGGAGCUCAGCGUUGGGGGCUGGGAUUCCGCGACGGCGCGGGCGUCCAAGAUCCUGGCGGGGCUUGGCUUCGACCAGGACAAGCAGGCCAGGCCCGCUAGCUCCUUCAGCGGCGGCUGGGUGAAGCGCAUCACCCUCGCCGGCGCCCUGUUCGUGCAGCCGACGCUCCUGCUGCUGGACGAGCCCACCAACCAUCUCGACCUCCGCGCCGUGCUGUGGCUCGAGGAGUACCUCGUCGCGCGGUGCAAGAGCACCGUCAUCGUCGUCUCCCACGACCAGGACUUCCUCAACUCCGUCUGCGACGAGAUCAUCCACCUGCACGACAAGAAGCUCCACGCCUACCGCGGCAACUUCGACGAUUUCGAGAAGGCGGCCAGGAAGAGCAGGAGGAGGAAGCCCAGCAACAACAAGGCCAUGUGCGACGACUACAGCGUGGAGUUCCACUUCCCGGCGCCCGACGAGCUCCCCCGACGCCGGCCGCUCCUCCAGCUUUCGGAGGCAGGGUUCAGGUACCCGGACUUCACGCUGUCAGGUGUGGACGUGGACGUGUACAUGGGAACCCGAGCCGCCAUCGUCGGGCCCAACGGGGCAGGCAAGUCCACCCUGCUCAAACUGCUGUCCGGCGAGCUCUCCCCGACCCAAGGCAAGGUGAGGACGCACCACAAGCUCCGGACUGGGCGCUACUCGCAGCGGUUCGUGGACACCCUGAAGCUGCACCACACCGCGGUGCAGCACCUCCUCGAGGCGCACCCGGACCUGGACGGCGACGAGGCUGAGGCCAGCGCCGCGCUUGCCGAGUUCGGGCUGCCGAGCGAGAGCCACCUGACGCCGAUCAACAGGCUCUCCGGCGGGCAGAAGGCGCGCGUGGUGCUGGCGUCGAUGGCGCUGGAGGAGCCGCACGUGCUGCUGCUGGACGAGCCCACGAACCACCUGGACAUGCAGACCAUCGACGCGCUGGCCGACGCGCUCUGCGAGUUCGCCGGAGGGGUCGUGCUGGUGAGCCACGACUCGAGGCUCAUCUCCCGGGUGUGCGACGACGAGGAGAGCAGCGAGGUGUGGGUGGUGCAGGAUGGCACCGUGAGCACCUACCAUGGCACGUUCGAGGAGUACAAGGAGGAGCUCAUGCAGGAGAUCAGAGAGGAAGUCCAAGGCUAAUCAUCACAUGUC